AUGACUCAACGUAGGACUCGUCUUCUGAAAGAAUUGCGAGCCAGCGGAGAGUGCACUGUUGAACGAAGACGUGACCUCGACUUAUUACGAUUCAAGAUAAAAUAUAUCGCAAAGAACUUCUGCACCAACCUCUACCGCUCAUCAACAAUCGUACCGAUGUCUGUUGUUCCCACUUGGGAAGCCAUCACGGAAACUACCUGCUGUAUGCAAGCCGCGAGCCAGGCCAUGUAG